AUGUGGCCAUCAACGUCACUCCUUUUCUCCUCCCUGGCUCUGCGAUUUGCAGCAGCGAAUGCCCAAGCUCUGGCCACUGUCACUUACGGACCUAGCGGACCUUGUCCAGUGCCAUCCGUCACCAGCAUCGUCGUUGUACAACCAGGCUACUACAGCUCUUUCUUUCAGUCAGCCUCGCAGAUUGUGAAUCUCUUUGGCAACGGUGAUACGGUUACGAUUCAAAAUGCCCCGACGACGUACAUUACAAACACAUACAUUACCACGACCAUCAUCUCCACUAUCACGAACGUCGUAAGCUCUUCAACCACGACGACUCCGUCUAGCAGCUCUUCCGGCUCUUCCAGCUUUCCCAGCCCUAGCAGCUCUAGCAGUGUGAGUGAUGGACCGGUUACCACAACUGGAACUGCUGUUUCCUCGCCAUCGACAUCCGUUUCGAUAACUUCCACCGUGACUUUGACCACGACAGCUUCGGGGACUUCAUCAACUUCUACCACGGAAUUCACGCCUAUUCCUCCUCCUGCUACGACACCAACCCCGCCACCGGUCCUAACUUCUACGUCGGUUGAUGCGCAGGGAAACACAAUCCUCAUCCCGAUUACGCAGCCACCACUGGUUCUUGGCGAGGGGCUGCCAUCAGGAACCGUGACAGAUCUCCCAUCAUCAUCAGCCAUCAUUGUAGGCAUUGCAGUUGCCGGUCUGGGUGGAGCGAAGGUGAAGAGACAGAACUCAGGCGCCCAAGCUUCUGAGUUACUUUCGGGGGAUGAGGGCGGCUCCAGCAAUGCGUGUGACGUUGCCGUCAGGUAUUUUCUACAACGCGGUCAACUGACAAAUGGUACCGAUGUGGUCGGCCGCAACACCACCGACUCUUUCGCCCUCAUAACACCUGAUCCCGAUACCAAUAAUGUCACCACCGUGUUUUCGUUUGUUGAUGGUAUUCUGAACUGGGAUUCGGCCGACCAAGGUGCUGCCACCUUCUAUCGCUGUGGUGAUAACAAGGUGUGGGCUGGAUUUCCGUCUCCUCCUCGGCCUGAUUGCUACAACGUCACCCUGGGCGGCAUUGUUGCUAGUGCUUGCCCGGUCCCUUUCCGGGACCCGGACGCUACUGCCUCAUCAACGACUAGCUCUUCCAGCACUCCAACUUCAACAGAUGUGCCGACCACGACCCCCGAGACUACAACAACCCCCGAGGUGACUACAACUCCUGAAGCAACUACAACUCCUGAGGAGACGACAACCCCCGAUGCCACUACAACCCCUGAAGUGACCACGACUCCCGAGACGUCAACGACCCCAGCAGCGACUACAACCCCCGACGAGACGACAACUCCUGAUGCAACGACAACUCCUGAGGAGACGACAACCCCCGAUGCCACGACAACUCCUGAGGCAACUACAACUCCUGAACUGACCACGACUACAACUCCUGAUUCGGAGAAUCCGACAUCGCCCACGACGACACCUGAACCACCAUCCUCGAGCGAGUCAUCAGGUACUCCGUCUCCUUCGUCAAGUUCACCGCCGGUCGUCACAAGCUCUCUGUCACAGACUAGCCAACCUCCCGUGGUUUCAACCACCUCAAAUGCGCCGCCGGUGACUACGGGACCCGUAUUCACUAGCUCUCCAUCAUCUGCUUCGACAGGGACGAGCUCAACAAACGUAGGGCCUGCGCAAUCCAGCUCGACCAGUGUUGUCCCUGCACAGUCAAGUUCAAGUAUUGCCACGAGCCGGUCAAGCUCUACGAGUAUUCUUGUGCAAUCCAGCACGACUGCUAUAGUCCCAACAACACCUGUUGUGACCACCAGCGGCACCACAGGUGGACCAAGCUCUACAUCGCCUGCCGUCCAAAAGUACGAGCAAUCCCAGCUCGACGACUUCAGCAGGUAUAGUGUCUUCCUCUCCUUCCUCAUCCACUGUCAUCCCCAGUCCAAGCACUACAUCCCUGUCCUCAAGCAACAACCCUGUGGUACCAACUACAUCGUCCUCAGUACUGGUAGCUGGUACUUCAUCUUCGACAAAUGCAGCUACGACAGCUGCAGCAAGCUCCCCGUCGACAAGUACUGCUGUAAUCAACCCUACGACGACAAACCCGAUACCGACGACGAAUCCAUUACCGACGACUUCUUCAAGCCCGAGCUCUAUGACUACAAGCACUUUGGAUCUCCUACAACGAGUAACGCCGCUACAUCCACUGCCAUUGGUGGCACGACUAGUGCCAGCUCUGUUGUAAGCUCUGGUACGUCUUUCAUUGUAGCGUCCACAAGUUCUUCUAGUCCUUCUACAUCUCUCCCCGGUCCGUCCUCAACCUUGGAUACCUCAAACAGCACUCCUGCUGGUUCGACUGUGCUUCAGACGACUGCGCCUUCGUCUACCACGUUGAUGACCUCUGGACCACCUGGCACUACAUCGUCAGUUCUUGUCACCUCAGUUGCCACGUCUUCGGCAGCUGUACCUACGACAGUUGUUUCAUCAAGUUCUACUCCGAGCACGAGUGCCAUUGGUACUACGACCCUCAGUAAUGCUUCCGCUGGGACAACAUCAACGGGUGGGAGCACCGCGGUCUCAUCAGCACCUACAGCCUCUUCAGUUUCCUCUACUGCAGGCGGCGUCACCACCACCAAUAAUGCUGGGGCAUCCUCGACAACGACGGCGUCAAGCUCGUCAAGAUCGACUACCACGCCUUCAUCCUCACCAGGCACUUCGGGAACAUCAUCCAUGGGUGCGUCAAAUGUCAUUCUCCAUCUAAUUCUGUCAUCCGUCCCCUCUCCGACUCUUCUUGUUCUGGUCCCCCUGAAAGGCGAUUCCUUUGCGCUUUCCGAGCUACUUCUUGAGGCCCAACUAUACGAAGUCCUAGUGCGCUUCCUCGUCUUCUGGAACAUCUGCGAACUCUCUGGGGACCACGUCAACGACCUCUGUCAAUCAAGUCACGACAUCAAAUUCUCCAUCUUCUUCGCCUCCAGCAUCGAGCUCCACAACUUCUACAGGUGCUGCAACAACGACUACAGGUGCCACAGGUUCUACCACGACCAAUGCGGCCAGUUCGAGCUCGGGCCCAACUACCUCGAGCACAAGCUCGACAGCGUCUACCUCGGCUGUGGGGACAUCUACUACCACAACAGGCAGCGCCGGGACGAGUUCUUCUUCCACGGGCUCGACAACGUCAAGUACUUCCAGCACUACGAGUGUUGCUGGUACAGGCUCGACGAGCUCGACCACCGGCACGGCCUCGGGAUCUGCCACAUCCUCGUCGACGACAUCCGUCGCACCGUCCUCGGCACCAUCCACGACUACUGCGCAAGCCACGACAGUUUUGACGACGACUACGUUGUCGCCGCCCUCCACAGCCAUAGCAGUAGUCCCGGAGGCAGCCCAACCAGUGUCACGACCACCUACGCCCCACCACCACCUCCGAACUACUCAGUUCUAGCUGUGCCAGUCGCACUCAGUUCCGUCGCGCAGGCAGCUGUGGGCACCUUGUGCUCUGGAGUCAAUGUCAGUCCGGCGGUUAGCCAGCCACUGCCCGUGACCACUGGUGCCUAUAACUACCAAAAGGUGCAGCUGAACAGCUACCCAAGUGUUUAUGAGGUCGAAUGCUGGAUGAAUGCCGGCAGCACGGGUGGAACGGUUACUAACAUGCCCGGGCAAUACUUCUCGCUUGAGAGCUGUAUGGACGCCUGCUCGGCCGCUGGACCUGGGUCGUGCCUUGUUGCUUACUGGGCCUCGACCACCAGGAUCUGCUCCCUUUACAGCAGGGUCAACAAUGGUGGCUCACCUAGCUUGGCUGGUGGACAGUCCCCAGCCAAGAUUGUGGGCAGUGGCGUUCGAACCGCAAGACUCCUCACUGGUCAACCAGUGCCGAAUGUGGUGGACGCAACCUAUCUCCUGGCUCCUGGUGCUGACUUGGGUCUUUGCACCAACAACAACUACCACUUGACCUUUAUCGGGGUGUACUACAACGGCGCCAGUGGGACAGGGCCUGCUACGAUCAACGUGAACCGGGACAACAUCUGGUACGCGUCUUGCGGAGCCUCAUUCCAGAACGCUCAAUCGGGGGUCCAAAUUACGCCAGUUUAUUCCAUCGGGACACCGCUUUUCGGUUUUACCUCUGCUCCAACGACGCCGGACGACUGCGCCCGAGUCUGUCAAUCAUAUCACAGCGCCUUCCUGCUCGCGGGCAACACCGGGAUUGACUGCAACCUGUGGCAGUUCGUCCCUGCAGCCAGCACCCAAUGUCAGCUAUAUCCCUCCAAUGCCGGCGUUGUAUCUGGCUCGAACCCGGCCACGCUGAAAGACGGACAAAACAAUAACAUCUUCGCCGCUGGGCUUCUUCGGGGCAAUUCAGGGACGGAAUUCUCGUCGCAGGCCCAAUACAAGAAGCGAUCUCUCGCUGGGCGUAUGGAGUAUAAUCGGCGACAUGCUCGGGAUUCUCUGAUCGACGAUGGAAGUAUCCCGGAUGUCAUCCUCAAGCUCGACAGGAGGACCGGGAACUGGACCGAAGUCUUGUGA